GGCUGCAGCUGACCGUGAACCAGACCCUCAAAUAACUUGUGUCCAGAAAACACAAUGAGUACUUACGUGAUUAAUAAUUAUGUAUUUGUUUGUGGCCUGGGGCUGCCUCAGAAGAAAUGCAGCUGUUUUGUUCCUCUUUGAUUUAUUUUUGUUUAGUAAGAACGGAGACCCUUCUGUUUUCUUCCUUUUCACGUCUGCUUUCAUUCUACCAGCUUGAUUGACGACGUUCGGUCUACUGGUUUAGGUGACCUGCACUCCAGAAUAUGAAUAGCCCUGCUGACUGUGGAGGGAUGCCCAGAGCUCUAUGAGCAGAAUUGAAUAUUCCCAGCUUGCCUGCCUGCCUGCCUGCCUGCUGCUGCUACAUUCCGCAAGUGAACCCCCCCUGUUACAGGACCAGGACCCCCUCACCUGACAGCAGUCACAGCUCAGCUUGGGCUAACAAGAGACCCCCUUUCUUGAGUGAUUGAUGCAGAUGGAUGAAACAGAAAAAAAGCAUCCCUUCUUUCUGUCUGCAAGUCUCCUUCCUGGUACAGUCAGGGUUACUUCAGCAAAGAAGAAAAACACAACAAACUUCCUGGCUGCAGUUUGAAACAUUGGAUCCAGCGCCAGGUGGGGAUGUUGGAGUUUCAUGUACUGUACGUCUGCUUCUGUCAGCUUGGUUUUUAAGAGGAGGAUGCACAAGCCACUGAAGCCAGCCCCAGUCGAGGUGCUAUGAGCUGAAAGGCAGGGAUAGCAGCUGAUUGCACUGCGGGCUCCUGUGACAGGGGUUACUGCUACAGGCUUUCCUAGCCCCUAUCCCUCAGCAGGUCUCACAGAUUGGUAGCUAAUGGGAAUGAGAUGCUAACCUUUGAUUCAACUGGCUAAUGGAUAGAGGAGCCCCCUGCAUAGGCAGUUUUAGGUGAAUGUGUGCAGGACGCCUGGCCCCUCCCAGCAGAGAGAGUUCCCCCACACUGCCUCCACUCAGGGGAUGGCCCAGGACCAGGAUGGACAGACAGACACUUGCGGAAGUCCUGUGAUGCACGAAGAGUGUUACGAUGACAUGGAAAGUGGCAGUCUGACUCCCGGCACAGCCCGGCAAGUCAAACUUCUCCGCGACCCCACCCACGGAUUUGGAUUUGUUGCCGGCAGUGAGAGGCCGGUUAUCGUACGUGCCAUUUCUCCUGGUGGCCCCUCAGAGGGUAAACUUCUCCCCGGAGACCAGAUUCUAGCCAUCAACGAGGAGUCUGUGAGCAACGUAUCCAGGGAGCGAGUCAUAGACCUUGUAAGGAACUGCAAAGAAUCCAUCCUGCUCACUGUGCUUCAGCCUCAUCAGUCACCGAAGUCUGCCUUCAUCAGCGCUGCCAAGAAAGCCAAGCUGCGAUCCAACCCUCCAAAAGUGCGCUUCUCUGAGCAGGUCUCUGUCAGCGAUCCAGAUCCCACGAUGCUGAAGGAAGACGCUCUCCUCCUGAUCCCCAGCGUGCUCAAGGUGUUCCUGGAGAAUGGGCAGAUCAAGUCCUUCACCUUCGACAGCCGCACCACUGUCAGGGAUGUGAUGAUGUCCCUGCAGGACCGGCUGUCUCUGCGGUACAUCGAGCACUUCUCCCUGGUUCUAGAGUCUGGGGGCUUGAAUCAGAGCAGCAGGCUGCACCUGCUCCAGGACACCCAGCCACUGUCUCAUGUAGUGCAGCGGACCUACUUCCAGGCAAUGAAGUGUCUGUUUCGUAUCUGCUUCUUCCCCAAGGACCCUGCAGACCUGCUGAGGAGGGACCCAGCCGCCUUUGAGUACCUCUACAUACAGAGCCGCAAUGAUGUGAUAAAGGAGCGAUUCGGAUCUGACUGGAAGACAGACGUCAGCCUCAAGCUCACAGCUCUACACAUCUACAUCACAGUCUCUGCAGCCCGACCCAACCAGAAAAUCUCUCUCAAGAAUGUGGAGAAAGAAUGGGGACUGGAUCCCUUCUUGCCCCUGUCGUUGCUCCCGACAAUCAAGGAGAAGAAUGUCUGCAAGACGCUUUCCCAGCUGCUGAAAACCUAUCAGCACUCGCCUCCUUCAGGGAGCAAGGUACCUGCUAUCCAGGCGAAGCUGCAAUACAUACGAGUUCUCAACGAGCUGCCUCCUUUUGGGGGCCUCCUGUUCCACACCGUGGGGAUGGCUGAGAAGCAGUCAGCCACCACCCUGCUGGUUGGACCCCGCCACGGAAUCAGCCACGUCAUUGAGCUGAAGACCAACCUAACCACCGUCCUGUCUGAGUUCAGCCGUCUCAGCAAGAUCCAGCUGUUCAGGGAGAACCAGGGGGUGGCUCGCGUUGAGGUCAACAUUCUGGAGGCCAAGCCCCUGGUCCUGCUGAUGGAGUGGCCAGAUGCCACAAACUUUGCCUGCCUGAUAGCCGGCUACUACAAGCUCUUUGUGAAUCCAAAGAAAGUGCUAUUCUGUCGAACUUUCAGUCAGUCUCACAUGAUCAAGGCAGAUUACAGAAGUAUCCAACCAGUCCAGCGGCCAGCUCUCUCUACUCAUGCUGGGAGACGGGAGGCGGCCCAUAGAUCAUCUGAGCAAACUGAUUCAGAUCUCAGCAGCUUCUGCUAUCUGCACAUGAGAGAGCAGCAGCAGCAGCUGCUGCAGCAACAAGAAAGACAGAUGGACAUCAAUGACAACCUGAUCCCCCUGGAAGAGAGCCGUCCCCGCACCAAAUCAGACCCGACCUACAAAAGCUCAGAUCUAGAACCUGUGAUGGAUAGCCCGGUACAGGAGAGCUUAGGAAUCAGAGCUAGGGCCUACACCCUAGACCCUAGCCAGCUGACAGGACACUUUUACUGUGACUCAUGCAAGGCUAAGCUCAAAGCAGUAGCCACUGCCGCCAAUGGCGGUGACAGCAGUGAUGGCCUGUGUUCCCAGAUCCUGCAGCGUUGCACCAACUCCUGUGGUUCCCGAGAGGGCACAGUAGACCUGAUUUCCCUCCCGCUACCAGGAAGCGAGAAAGAGGAGGAGGAGGAGGCAGGUGCUGCUCAGCCUCCACCCCCAGCCAUUGCUGCUCCCCCACCAGGUUUUCGUGACCACAGCUCAGAUGAGGAGGACCCCAAAAGGCGGGCAGUAGUGGCAACAGCAGGGGGCGUGGAGCCAUCUGAAGAGGUACCUGUGACGCUGAUAGAUAAUGUGGCAACACGGACUGUCCGAGACCAUGCUCAAGAGCUGGAUGAUGCCCUGGUGUCCACCCUACAGGCACUAGAGGCACUGGCAGCAUCAGAGGACUACCCCCACCAUCAUCACCACCAGCCCCAGCAGACAGCAGGUCUCAUUGUGCUAGCAGCUAUUACCCCAGAGUCUUCACUGGAUUCCGGCCACGAGACAAACUCCUCAGAACUGACAGACGUCUCAGAGAUGGUGACGGCCAUGAAGCAGCACCAGAACUCAGCCUACCUACUUUCCCAUCACAUCAGCAAGGAUCGGAUCUUCAGCCGGCGGGACUUCCCACUCGCUAUCCCGGGGUGCAACACUCAGGCCCUGGGGGGUGCAGCUUUCUCCAUGGGUCAGCUGCGGGCAAGUUGCCCUGCCAAACCCCUAAUUCUCAGCAAAGGGGCCCAAUUAAGGGUAAGUCCUAACCAGGAGACUGCAGCCAUGAGGGAGCAGGGAAGGACACAAGCCUCCUCACAGAGUCUCAAAGAACUAGGGAAAUUGGUCACCCUGGAACCCCAACCGGAGCAAAGCCGGGCAGCCAGCCCAGGAAUUCUCAAGGGCUCUUCUGCUUCUCCUCAAACUGCUUUGGAUCCCAAAUGUGAUAGCCCUGGAGAUAAGAAGCAGGUCAACCAAGAGUUUAAGUUGCCAUGUUAUGUUGACAGAAGGCUUAGCCCAAAUCCUUCUUCAGAGGCAAGGGGGAAGGUUCCUGGUUCCCUAAGCCCAGAGGAUGUCAACAAAGCCUUACCAAAACUUUUGCCAGUUGACAGUGCUGUUUCUGCCAAGAGCCAAGAAACCAAUAGCUGUCAGGACCAAGAGACUACUGCCAAUAAGACCCCCAAGCCUUCAAAAUCAAAAGGGAACCAGCAGAGUGCUGCGAUGCUGUGUACCAGCCCCAUGCUCGGAGAGGGUGGGCCUCCGUCGUGUCUGAAGGACCCACAGGUGCAGAAAGUAGCAGUUUUCCAUUCAUCCUCCCAUACAGAUGAUGAGCGGCUCAGUGCCAAAGCAAAAGGCUUUCAGCUGCCCCCUGGCAAAGAGAGCACAGGGAGGGGAGUAGAAACAGGCCACAAAUCCAGCACAGGUAUCCAGGUCCUGUCCAAGUAUCCCCCUCUGGUUUCAGAGCAGACGGAGCGAAAGGAAAGGGCGGAAGCAAAAGGAGAGCCUUCUGAGAGCAAAAAUGCCAGUGAUACUCAGAAAUAUCCCAAAAACUUGGCUCCCAGGCUGGAGAGCACACAGGCAGCAGGCUCAGUGGAAGCCUCAGUGGAAGACAAAAAGCAGAGUGCCAGUAAACCCAAACAGCAGCGAAAUGCACCCUUCCUCAGUUUCCGGAACCUGCUGUCGGCCACCUUUCCAGCACGGAUGAGGCGCGAGACGGAUGAGCGCCAAGCCCAGCUUCAGAAGGUACGGCAGUAUGAACUGGAGUUCCUGAAGGAGCUGCACAAGCCCAGGGGUGCUCAGCUGGAUUUCCUCCCACAGGGGCCCUCUCCAAUACCAGCAGGUACACCCUGCUCCUGCCAGCUCAGGACCAGCCCUCUUCAGAAAGUCCCGGGGAUUUCCAGAGAACAGAGGAGGAGCUGUGACUGCAAAAGGAUAUGCCGUGGGAUCCGCCUGCCUGACACCCCUGUGGGAUCAGCCCUGGAGAGGAGAGGGAGAGAAAGAACUGCCUAUAAACAUCCUCCUCUACCAAAACAACCCCAGCAGCAGGAAGGGCCCCAAAGGCCACAGACAAUAGAGAUUAAGACCUCCAGAAUACGUUCCACCAGCCUGGAGUCCCGGGAACCUCAGGAGAAGCCUGUCUCCUGCUUGCCUGCCUGUGCUUCUCGCUCCGAAUGCAUGGGGGCGCCAGAUUACAAGAAACUUAUGAGGCGCUACAGCAUUGGUGAAGCAGACAGUAGUGAGCGUGCACCCCUGUACUCUGAAACUAAGCCUACCAAAGGUAAGAGCACGGAAAAGGAGUUUGAGCGACCAAUAGCCCCUUCUGGAAAGACACAGGGUCCAAAAGAGUCUUCCUGUGCACAUCUGGGGGAUGGGAAAAGAAGACCUGUGUUUUCCAUCCAAGGGGAGGCUGGGAGAGAGCUGGAGCUGCUCCAAAAGAGCAAAGUAGGGGAGGAUGAAAUGAUGGGUCUAUCAGGGGAGGAUGAGGAUGGAGAUAAGUGCUGCUCUUUCUGUUUCUGCUACCGCAAGUGCAACACAGAGGAUGAAAGUAGCGAGAAGGACGAGGUGUCCUAUUCCAUUCCGCUGAAGGUGCUCCCAGGGAUGCAGUUGGAUGCUAACACCAUCCCUGUAGUCAGCAAGACCCUGCAGGUGCUGGAUGCAGAUGGCUGCAGUACGGAGGAGGAGCCACAGAGCCAGGAAAUCGAUCUAAGGACUUCUGCCACCCUAGAGGGCAGUCUGUCCCGGGUGCAGGCUCUGCAGGGCAAAGCCUUCUUGCUGCCUGAGGGGUUCCUGACUGCCCAGUUGGAUGCCAACGAGCUACUUUCCAUCCUACGGCAAUGCGCAGGGAGCCCGCAGGGCGAUGGUGAUCCCAGGCUGCAGGCACCUCGGCUAGCAGAAUACAAGCAGGAGUUGGCAAUGCGCUUCAAGGAGUUCCGGGCCUCCUGUCGUAGGGUGGCUGGCGUGGAGAAGAGCCCAACCCGCAUGCUCUCGGCAGUGACAGCCAGCUUCCAGGUCCUCUGCAGCCUGACGGAAACCUUUAUCAAGCUGGUAUGUGUGGUGCGCUUGGAGGCUCAAAGGCAGGAGCUGCUCAGGAAGGUGGAGGAGGUAGCUCUCAACUAUACUUUCCUCUUGAGGGCUGCUGAGGAGUUCAUGGGCCGGACCGGGAGCCUCCCCACCCAGACCAGCAGCAGUAGCAGCAGUGCCCAGGCUCCUCCACAGCCCGCACAUGGGGCCAACAAGGCUGGUUCCCUAACCCGCGCCAUCAAAACACUCAUCCCCAAGUGAAGCUAAUGGACUGCCACUAGAGAAAUCACUUGUUUUUGUGAAGGACAAAAUAACUGCAAUGCUACCCUACCCCUUACCAGUAUAGCUUUUCACAGAGGCAAUACUGGGUUCAGACUUUGGGCAGAAAGUGGGUAGGUUUGGGUGUGGGUGUGGGGGGGUGGAACAGGGCACUUUUUACUUGUGUUGGUGACUCUUGGACAUUUCACUAGGGAGAGAAGAAAACUUUCUUUGUUAUUUAUACUUCUGUUCCAUCUCCUGACAUUCAUUGCAGUGGUCAAGUAACAUUUCCAAAAGCAGCACUUUAUUGCUGCAUUUGGAUUAUUACAACUAAUCUGUAGGGCAAUGCACAGGUAACCCACAGCAACUGUGGGGCUGGGAUUGUUGUUAAGGUCAUGGUGGCACCAAUGAAAUUUAGAACAGCAGCUAAGCCAGGGUUAAACACGUAUUUACAAAGGCAGUCAGGCAAAGGAGCUGGACAGAAAUGGGCUGCUCCCACACCAAAAUAGUUUAAAUCUUACAUUACACUCACUUAAUUUGCAAUAGCCGUAUUGCUUUAUUCAAACUGAUUAUUGAGACUCAUAUACUAAAAAUAACCUAAAGGGUGCGCUGAGCAGAAUAUACCUGUGAGGGUCAUUUCGGUAGAUUAAUAUGUAGUUAGUUAUCUAAUUUAUUGAUUGGAUGAUUGAAUGAUGUGCUUGUUUUUUGUUUUGUUUUGUUUUUUUGUUUUGCCAAAACAGCUAGCUGUUUUGUGAUAUUGAAACUGCCAUAAGUGAAAAAACAAGCACGAGAUUAAAGGCAUACUAUGUUGCUUUUACAUUUCAACUGAUCCAAAUUUCAACACAAGAAUACUAUAUUAUUCUGGUGUAAAUAAACUAGUAGAGACAGGCAGGAAGAUGCAACUGUCCAGGUCAGAGAAUCUCAUGAGCAAUGAAAAUUAUAAAGGACAUAAAGCUUAUAUGACAACCACCUUCAAGGUAAUGCGAUUCACUAUGCUUUGUUCAAAAUCUAGCUGAAAAAUAAUUACUUCAAUGGUAAGAUGUAUUUCAUUUUUCAAGUGAGGUUUUUUAAUGAAAAUUUAUAUCUGCCUUUGGAACUCCAAUCAUCUUCUAUGAGUAACGGGCCCUGUUUCUAUAGAACAGUGGAGAAUUAUGUAACAAACAUUUAAUGUUUGUUUAGUUUGACCUCUCAAUCUAUGGGUUACCUACAAGUCAUGUAAUUCAACAAAUUCUAUCAUUUCUACAACCAGAAAUUUACUAGAAAGGCAUGGGGAAAAUUGAAAAUAGUUCCUUAUAUGAAUAUUACUUAGAAUAUUAAAUAUAUAAUUCUCUUAAAACCAAGAAUAUAAGCACUGUGACAAGAAUUGCAUUCAAGGGAAUUACAAAUGUAUAUAUUAGCUGCAUAGAGAUUUAUUUAAGAAUGCAUCUCCCCUCCUUGAUGAAUUAAACUGCCAAAAUAACACCAUGCUGUUUAAAACCCUAGUUAUUAAAAUUAAAUUCAAAAUAAGAAAUAUCUUUCAUAUAAAAAUGUAAAAAUGCCAAAGCAAGUGUAACGUUUACAAUCAAGGGAGUUCUGAAGAACUGAGGCUCAUUAUUUAUUUUUUUAACUCUUUGCGUUUGUAAAAGGAAUAAUAAUAAUAAUAAUAAUAAAUUCUCAAAAGUGAUGGAUGAUGGCACCUGAUAGCUUUAAAUAGUUGUCCUAAAGCUGCGAGUGCCCCUCUGACACACACAGAUACAUGUGCAGACUGAUCUGUAAGGUAUGUAGUGUUACAGCAUUUAUUCAAAUGUUGCAUUCACUUAAAUAUUUUGGUGCCAGCAUUUCAAGUGUCAGUAAAUCAAUAGAACAUUUAAUUAGCUCAGUACUAAAUUUCUGGUUUGCCUAUUAUUGUUAAUGUUAAGUUAUUCCUACUUAUGUUUAUUCCAAAGGUAUAGAAAAAGUGGCACCUGUUCAAUAAAGUUCAAGUUUUAUUUGGGUACGCCGUUGUUGCUAACACAAACAAAAAUAGACUUCCGCAAAGUAGUAAUCACAAAACAAAAAUAAUAAAUUCUCACUGUAAUAAUCCUGGGUUCUGGUGAGGCCAUGAGUUCCACCAGCCAAGUGAAUAGUUCUCCUUCCUGGCUCUCUCCCGUCCAGGUCGGUGUUUCUUCUACCUGAUAUUCACUUGUAUUCAAUAAUAAGACAAGUUUAGUUUGACAAAUCGUGAUGACAUGACAUGUAACACCAGUAAGGAACCGUCCCCUCUCACAUUCCCAUGCUCACCAACUCCGUAUCCCACACGUUCCCCUUAUAUCCGCCUAACUCCACCUACGGAAUCAGUGAUACACCUGUUACUAGGUAAUGGCUGUCUUCCGUAAUUAGGGUAUUGAAGCAUCUGUGUUCAUUACCUUCAUCAAGAUGGCCACCACAACCCGACCGUGGACUUAUGAUCUGUUCCAUCUGUUCCACCACCCAUCAGGAGGCUGAACUUCACCAGUAUGAUCCUUUACCCUGUCACACUGCUAUUUUACCAUUUCAGAUUUGUCACAUAUGUAUCUUGUUUUGCUGUAGAGAUAGGAAUUGUAUUUCAUAUGUGGUUCUCAUGAGCAUCUUUUGGGCACUUCCACACAUGUUAUCACAAGGGGAAGUCUCCUUUUCCAAGGAGGAUGGUGUGUGUUAGAGCUGUGCUGAUUAUUCAGAUUUGCAUCUUUGCCCUUAGGAUGCUUUGACCUUACUGGUAUAAAUUAAUACAGAAUGAAACGUGAUCCUAUUUGCAAUGUGCUUGUUUUCUAUUAACAGUGUCACGCUAAAGUUACUGUAGCUGUAUGAGCUGCUUGUGUCCCAGAGGUUAACAAUCACUUCUCGGUUCUCAGUUUCAGAUGGAAAAUGAUCAUAUUAAUGAUCAAAACAGUGGUGGAUCUUAUUUACCUUUAACUCAGUAUUUAUGCUGCUGGUGUUUUCUACCAGGGCUGAUUUGUUGGUCACCUCAAUAUAGCAUAAAAUAAAAAUACAGUGAAAUGAGCUCCAUGAUAAAUCAGAUUUAGAUAUUUUAGUGGUAGCAGUUUUUAGAUCCACCACUGUUUAGAUCAGAAGAAUAUGCAAUGAAGGCAAAUCUUGACGUGCAACUAACAAGCAGCUUUUCAUUUUUGUAAUCACAGCCAGAAUCAAAACAGCUUAAAGGAAUUAACAAAUCAUGAUAAUUCUACUCAUGUAGCAUCUAAUCUGGCACAUGUGUUUCUACUGGGGAAUAAUGUUAUAUCACUAUUUAGAUUACAACAAUGGGGGUGUAUAUGGGUAUGUGGGGGUCUUUCUGGUUGAAAGUGUUAUGCUUUUUAAUUCUAAUUUGUGUAUUAUAAUAUAAAUCUGUAUAUAAUGUAAAAUAUGGGUAAUUUGUGAUGAUGAAUCCACUCUUUUAAAUAUUCAACACUGACAGUACAGAAAGGCUUUGAACUGUUUUGUAAAUCCACACCACGAUCUUAGUGUAUUCUUUCUAGUUGUAAUGUACCAUAGUUACAGAGAUGAAUAGUCUAAAAAUUAUAUUUAAAAAAAAAAAAAGUGUGGGCCAUGUUUAUUUUUAUAAAAUAUAUACAUUUUAAACCUACUGUAUUUUACACAAUAUUUGUACACCCUCCCUUAGUCAUAUGGAAUACCUGCUGAUUUUAUUUUGAACCUCCUAGUUUUAUUUUUCUAUUUAGACAUUUUGGUUUUGUUAUUGUCAGCAUAUAUAUGUGUGUGUGUGCAUGCAUGCGUGUGUGUGUGUGUGUGUUGGAAGCUUGCGUCAAUACAGAAACAUGGAAAGCAGAAAUAUAUCCAGUUUCCAACCUGGCUUGUACUUUAAUUUGAUAGCUGACAAAAUAGGACUUAAUGACAUUGAAAGGCUGUCUGUCCUGUUACCUUCUCAGCACUGCAGGAUGUCUUGGGUGUCAAGUUCAUGAGUGUCAAGACCUUCUAUAGUCUGAACUGGGGAUCCAACCCAAACAUGCAAUUGUCAUGGUGUUCAUACUAUCACCACAAGGCAGAGAAUGUGCAAUCAUCAUGGUGUAAGAAACAGAAGGCAACGUGAUUAGUCUUUGCAGGUUCAGACCAACUGCUGUGCCAAAUGAGCCACACUCCAUAUGUGGAGCUGACAUAUGUGACUUACUCCACAUUACUCCACACUGUCCAAUACUGGAGACUAUAUUCAGAUUGGAGAAAAGGAAAAUUCUAUUUUGUAUCCAAACAUGAUCCAGCUAUUUUAGUUACACCACUAUAAAAUGACAUACACAUAGGACGUUUUUAACUUUCCUCAAAGCAGUAAACUCCAUUUUAAAUAAACGAUCUUACCUCUUAUUAUCACUAACAGCAGCAUUGCAAUCAAUCUUCCUGUUCUUGUGCUGAGGAUAUCUUGGUUCUCUGCUGUAUGUAAAUACUGUAUUUGACCUUUUUCUGCUUGAUGAAAUACAGAAUACACAGAUACACAAAUCUGCCCUCAAGUUAUCUGUACUUGUAUUCUUUUAUAUGUUUUACAAACAAUUCACAAACCAGGUUCGCUUUGUUUUGUGUACGAGGUAGCUGAACUGAAGACCAGCUCCAUUUAAGUGGAAUAUUUAGUUUUAGAAUUGAAAUACCCAUGAUGCACUAUCAUUCACCACUGGCAUAGUGAAGCCUGAAGGCUGCCAGACCACAUAUGGA